UCCGCAUGUUGGUAAUCCUGGUCUUGACCACAGGAAAAUAAACACAGCAAGGCUAUUAAGUGUUUUGUUUUUAUCUGUUACUUUCAUGGUUUGUAGGAUACAUAUCAUAACAACGUAGUAUUAUGCUGUUGUCAUAUUUCCUUGGACCAUUGCAAACGAGAAGUCGCAGAACCGAGGGACGUUUUAGUAGGUGAGACGGUGCUCAGUUUACUGGUAACUGAAAAAUGGCUGAUGCCAGUGAAUGUGUAUUUAAAAAGACAAACUUCAAAAGGAAAGCAGUGCGGGCCAGGAGAAAGAGUUCAGAUUCCUCUGAUAGCAGUGAACAAGUGGAGAUUGUCAAAAGGCAGAGAAGGACAGGGAAAGAAAAUCCCCUUAUACAAAAGACAAGCUUACAAAAAACCACAAAUGUCAGUAAGGAAGAGAGCGAUAGUUCAGAUGAAGGAGAUACUUUGACAGUUUCUUAUCGUUCAAAGCGAAAUGCUGAUCGAGAAGGUCCACAGGACAUGGGAGCAACAGCAAUUCUAGAAAUAGAAACUGAAGUUGAUAAAGAUGCUCAAGCUAUCUUUGAAAAUGCAGUACGUAUUAAUAAAGAACUGAAAGGAAAGGAAGAUGAUAAGGUUUACCGAGGUUUAAAUAAUUAUACUCAGUUUUAUGAAAAGAAGGACACUGCUCAGGGCAACGCAAGUAGUGGAAUGGUUCGCAAAGGUCCUAUUAGAGCACCUGCUAACCUUAGGGCAACUGUAAGAUGGGAUUACCAACCAGACAUUUGUAAAGAUUAUAAAGAAACAGGAUUCUGUGGUUUUGGUGAUAGUUGUAAGUUCUUACAUGACAGAUCAGAUUAUAAGUAUGGUUGGCAGUUAGAACGUGAAAUGCAGGAAGGUACAUAUGGUGCAACAGAUGAUGAUCCUCAUCAAUAUGAAGUAGAUUCUGAUUCAGAAGGCCUCCCAUUUAAAUGCUUUAUUUGCAGGGGAUCAUUUGUGAAUCCUAUUGUCACAAAAUGUAACCAUUAUUUUUGUGAGAAAUGUGCCCUAACACAGUACAGGAAAAGUACACGAUGUUUCAUUUGCAACAAACAGACAAAUGGUGUUUUUAAUCCUGCUAAAGAGUUGAUAGCAAAAUUAAAUGCCGAAAAGAGAAAUACUGAAACAGCACAUGCAUGCCAAAACAGUGAUUCUGACUAAAUUGUAAAUAGAAUUAUUACAGGUAUUAUUACAGAACACAUUUAUGGGACCAUUAUUGCAAAAAUUGAAAAUGAAAGUUUUUCAGAGGUUUUCUUUGUCUGUCUGCUACAAUAACAGCAAGUAAAUAUAUGUGAAUAAUGGCAUACAAACAUCAUGAUAGAUGAUAAGGUAUAUACAUUGUGACUAGGCAAACAGUGCUAGCAACAAUUGUAUAAGGUGACACCUGGGAGCAAAGUCCGUGAUUUUGUGUUAUGAGAAUAGAUCUAAUGCAGGUUUAUCUUGCUCUUCAUCUGCGUGCUUAUUGGAGUACUAAGAUGAAACGAACAAUUCACUUAACCUCCUCCAAUCCUUUUUUGCAGAUCUCUUUCUUAUGAUUUACUUGUUGUUACGUAUGUGGUGAAACUGAGUACUGUUCUGAUAUCAGUAAAGGUGAUUAGCAUUCACAGUUAUGGUAGACGUUGAUGCCCAUGCAUCAGGGUCCAUAAAUGCAAAUGGUUUUUAUUACAUCGAUAUUCUUCAACUCAUUUAACCAGGUUUUGACAUAACUAUAAAGAUCAGAGAAUUGUAAUCAUUUCCACUUUAUUUUUCCAUUGUAGCUGCUGAAUGUAAAGGCAUUGGUACAUAAAUGUUUUUGUUUUGUGAACUUUACUUUUAGUAACUGUGAAUAGUAUAGUUCUUUUCUUCUCCUGCUUUCUUGUUCACACAACACAGUCAAACACGACCGUAUUAUUGUGCACAAGACCUCUCAAGUCCUAGAAUGGAACUGUAUUCCGUACAGUUACAGUGUUAGUUUUACUUUAAAGACAACUCCACAUGCAGACACAAACUGUGUUACUUAUUCUUUACGUGUACAUUGUAAAAAAUUGUUCCACAAUAAAAAUGAUGUAAUAAAAGUAUGCGACCUAUUC